ACGUCACUUUAUGUCAAAUGGCGACUUGUUUUGCCAACUGGACAAAAUCCUGUCACUUGUAAAAAUAAUGCAAUUUUCUUAUUGUUUACAUCGCUUAUUACUAUUUUUUUCCGUUUCAAUACUUUAGUGUGAUAUGUGACGCUAGAAAUUCACGUUAAAAAUGUCGUGGCUUAACUUGAACAACAGUUUAAACAGUCUUAAAGGCCAGUUAACAAAUUUCGCAUCUGAAGUGUUAUCUGAGAGUCCUGCACAGGAUAUUGCUGAUGAAAGUUUACAAGAAGACUCUUCUGUUAAAGAACUAGAGGAGAAAUGUCGAAACCAAGAGCUCGAGAUUGCAUCUCUAAAGAAGUCUGUAGAACAGUUGCAGUCUUCUUUGCAGUCUGAGAAGCUCAGUAGAAAAAAUGGCGUCAAGGAAGAAGAGUCCAGUUGGUACUGGGACCCGCCGCCCCAAACGUCGAAAAUAUCAGAGCAUGACCACGAAAGGAACUACAGAAAGCAGUUACGAGAGUCGCAAGAUGAUAACCUGAGGGAAAGAGAUACCAUUGACCUCAGACCUGACAAUGAAGUCGAAAGACUGAGAGAAGAAAACAGAAAGCUCACGUCAAACUUAGAAGAUCUAGACAGCCAACAUCAACAGGCGAUGGAAAAACUUCUCACAUUGAAAAGAGAGCUGCAGUCUAAUUUCGAAGUUUUGAAACAAGAGCAUGAAGAUCUCAAAACUACAAAUGAGGAAUAUGCAGCCCAAAAUAAGAAGUUAUUAGCGACUAUUGACGAUCGGGAAAAAGAGUUGGAUAGUGCUAAGGCAAUUAAGGCUGAUUACGAUACCUUGCAACAUAAGUAUCAGAAUCUAGAGAGAAUACAUGGUCUGCUCAGGGAGAACGCUGAAAAGUUCCAGGAAGAAAAUCAAGAAUUACACGAGGAAGUAUUUAAGCUCCAAGAACAGGUAACAAAGUUAGAGCAUGAAAUAGAAGUAGCUAACAAGCGUUUAGAUGUAUCAGAUAUGGUCCCAAGAGAAACUUAUGAAGAGCUUCUGAAAGAAAUUAAUGAAUUGAAGGAUAGGAGAAAUUCUAAUCAAAUCCAUUUAGAUGAAAUCAAUAUAGAUGAUAAUGCUAAAGGUGUGAUUGAGACUCUCAAACGAGAUAUUAGUGAACUGAAACAUAAACUAGCUCAAAAAGAAAGUAGCUGUCAAGAAACUGUAGACAAUAAAACAAUAAAACCUGAAAAGAUCAUGCAAUUAUACAACAAAUAUGUAAACUUUGAACUUCCUAUUGAUUAUGUUGGCGAAAUACCAUCAGCUGGUGAUAAUAUAGUACUCUUCAAAUUAGAAAGUGCUUUCAAAACUUUACAUUCAUUUAAAAAAGAAAUAGAUGUUUUAGAACAUCAGUUGUCAGAGCAAAAAUUAAAUUCCAAUCAUCUUCAAACGCAAAUAGAUGAUAUAACCACAGAAAACGAUUUCCUAACUACUGAUAUACAACAUCUUGAGAGAGAACUGAAUGAGAUGAAGAAAAACAAUGAUUUCCUUAUCUCUGAGAUUGCAAAUCUAAAGAAUACGUCCAAGUUAGAACCCAUAAUAGAAACUCAUGAAGAUAACUUAGCAAAAUUAGAGACGGAACUUGCUGAUACUAACAAACUGAAUAAAAUCUUUGAGGCAGAAAUCCAAAGGAUACUCAGGGAACUUGAUGAAGUAAGAACCGAAAAAACUAAGCUUCGUGAUUCUAUGCAUGAGUUGAAACAGAAAUAUACGACCAUGAUGGAUGAGUUCGAGAUGUUCAAAAAUCAGAGCAACGCAGUGGCAGAAUUAGAAAUGACCGUCAAUAAUAAGGAUCACGAAAAUAUUAAAAAGUCAGUAGAUGAAAUAGAUGACCUUAAAAAACGUCUAAACGCCUCAAAUGCUAAGAACGAGCAGCUUUCCAUAGAUAUACAUAUUUUAGAAAAUGAUAAAGUUUUACUAACAAAGAAAGUAGAUGAUCUUAAAGUCGCUUUAGAUGAGAAGUCUUAUGCUCAUAAGGAAUUAGAAACAUUAAAAGCUACAUUGGAUCAUAAACUGCAUGACUUUGAAACUAAACUUGAUGACGUGAUAAAACACAAACAAGAAGUAGAGAGCGACAAACAUAGUUUGCAAGAAAAAGUUGCGCAUUUGGAAAACCAACUUACUAAUGCUAGUACAUCUGGUGAGGAGAAAUUAGCACAUAUGUCUACAGAGAAAAGUAUUUUAGCUGAAAAGUUACAACAAGUUUCUAAAGAAAACGAGACUCUUGCAGAAUCUAUUGAUGUAUUAAAAAAAGCAAUCGCUGAAUUACAGCAAAAAGAGCGAGAGCUUUUGACAGAGAACACAAAUCUGAAAAGAGAUAUUAUAUCUGGAAAAGAGUCCAAAGUUCAUGAAGAAACCAGCAAUGGCCAAAGAACUGAAACUAUUCAUCAGGAUAUUCUGAGUCUCAAGGAAGAAAAUAAAAAACUUCACGAAAGGAAGAUGGCACUUGAAGCUGAGCUGUCUGCAACUGAUAGUAAAAUUGUUCACUUGGAAGAUGAAUUCGAUAAAUUGAUAGGAGAUCUCGGCGAAAAAGAUUCCCUGAUUGACGGCCUUAAUAGUACUGUGCAGCAAAAUAAAAUUACAAUAGAUACAUUGAAUGCAAGUGUAGCUGAUUUGGAAAAGAGUGCAGCUACUAAAAAUGAAGAAAUACUACGCCUAAGGCAUUCAGUAGAACAACUUACACUGAACCUUAGCGACACAAGUUUAAUGGCUAAUCGAGACCAAGAGGAAUUCAAUAGGCUGCACGAUGAAAAAGAUGAAUUGCAUAAACAGAUUUUCUCAUUGAAUGAUGAAAUCAAUUUGAAGAAUAAUAAAAUAUCAACUCUCACGUGGCGUCUAGAAGAAUAUGAGAAAUUCUGCGAAGAAUACAAAGCAAAAAUAAGUGUGAUGGAAAAAGAAGCAAAAGAACUGACUCAACAAAUUCUUGAGUUGAAAGGAAAUGAAGCGACGUUAGAAAACAUAACACAUAAUGAGCAUUACAUCAAACUAUUACAACAGAAGGAAAGCAUCGAGACUGAGGUAGCUCACCUUCAAAGUGCUUUAACGGCUAAAGAGAAGGAAAUAGAAGAAGCGAAAUUUAACUACGCACAAUUAGAAAAAAUGGCAGCAGAAUACAAAUCAAUUAUAGACAGCACGCUUGCCGAAAAAACUGAACUAAUUAACUUAAUCAACCUAAAACACAAUGAAAGCAUACAGUAUCAUAAUGAGAUUCAGAGGCUAAACCAUGUGAUUUUAGAACAGACAAGUGAAUUUAAGAAGGCCAUAGAAGAAAAAGAUCGUUUAGUACAAAAUUCGGGUAAUUGUACAAAUUGUGAGAAUUUAAGGGUAACGCUUAAAGAGAAGGAUGGAAUUAUAAUAUCUUUGAAUCAGGUUAAAACUGAUUAUGAUAAAGUCAUGGCUGAUCUGUUGACGGCGAACGAAACAGUCAAGAAUUUGUCAGAGAAGUGUGACAAAUUAGAGAAGAAUUUGGCAGUGCAGUUAGAGACUGCCAGGAAAUUAUCGGCAGAAAAAUCACAGUUGUCGGAACAAGAACAGAACUCGGUGAAAGAACUAGAACGCCUACGGCGCCACCUGGUGGAGACUGAGGACAACUACACCCAGGAGUUGAUGGUCUCCGAGCAGAAGCUGACGGAGUGCCAGGCCAGGUUACACCAGGUGGAGGAACGGGCUAAACAGAAUAGUACUGUUUAUACUAGCAAUAGCAUCCGAGCGAACCAAGAGGUAGAAACGUACCGCAACCAGAUCAAACUCCUGGAGAAGCAACGCGAGGACGUGCAGGCGCGGCUGGGUGACGCUGAAGACGCGCGGUCCAGGAGUGAGGCGGCACUCACUAAUCUGCAGGUCGUGUUGGAGCAGUUCCAGUUAGAAAAAGAAAGAGAAAUCCACACAGCCACAGAGAAGAUCAGAAACAAACUAGAAGAAGUAAGACGAGAGAACAUAGGUCUUCAAGCGGAGAUCUCCCGGCUGAACCUCAAGCUCGAAGAGGCGUUAGCUGGUCUCCAAGCCGCCUCCAGACUUGGAGAUCAGGUGGAAACCAAGAGAGCUGAAAUCAAUGAUUUGAAGGAACAAGUCCGGACACUCCAGACAUCGGUAGCUGCAGCCGAGGAGCGCUACUACAACGCCAUCUCCAACCAGCAGGAUAAAGUGGAUAAGAAUCUGGUGAAGAACUUAGUGAUCAACUACGUCAUGACUGCUGGCGGUAACAGUACUAACAAAACACAAGUCCUCCGCGUCCUCUCAACAGUCCUCGACUUCAAUCAAAGCGAGUGCGAGCGUCUCGGCCUCGCCCGCUCGUCCGCCGCCCCCGACAGCCUCGCGGCCGAGUUCGUCAAGUUCUUACAGAACGAGUCCAAGCCCAGGGCUCAGCUGCCGAACAUGAUGACGCUAGCUCAGAGCACUGGGAGUAGGAGCAAUACGCCUAGUUCGAGGAAGAAUUCUGCUAUAGGCCCGCCCCCAAUAGCUGCCAUACCGAAAUCAACCCACAGUCGCAACCCCUCAACCAGUUCAAGCAACCUUCUAUUCCAAAACAUAGACUCUAUAGAGACCGCCUCCCAGCUCUCGCGAGAGUCCGACCGAGAGCCGAGAGUCCUGACACAAAGUCUCGACACCGGUGUCAACCAAACUAGGAACACGGAGGGCGCUAUACUGAAAUCUGUACUGAAAGAUAUGUGAUUUUAAUAAAUACGUUUUGUAAGAUUAACCCGAACGUUGAUUAGUGUAAAUGUUGCUUUUGAAACUUUAUUUGAAGUCUAAAAUAUGUCAUUCAAAUAUCUACUUUAUUACUUUUAAUUAAGUUUGAAAAUUGCAUAAUAACUGUUGACAUGUUACUUUCAGGCGUUGAAAAUGUCAUAUUUUGGACUUCUUUAAAGUUUUCUCUUCAGUAUAAAGGUUGAAUAUUUUGAGCAAUAAGAAUGAAUGAUUUUGAAUUCCAUACAAUAUACUCAUUCAUUUAUUUAUUGUUUUAAUUCCGUCUAAAUUCAUCAAUUGAUAGCAUUUUUAUUUUAAUCUGUGUAAUAUAUUCUUUAGUUGAAUAUUUUGUUAUUUUCAAUGCUCAUAAAAUAAACGGAUCUGUCACUAGAAUCUGGCAAUUUCGGAAAUACGAAAAAUCCGCGUUAAAAAUUCAUUUCAGAUUCUGUUUUUGAUAACUUAUAUAUACGUCAAAGCAACUUUAUUUAAGUUGUUAAAUAACUGCCAAUAUUAUUGAAAACAAUAUACCGUACAACACACAUUUAUAUUAAGAAAAUUAAAAUAAAUAAUGUUUUUAGGCAGUCAGAAGUAAUUCUCAAAGAAUUUUCAAUUUUUGCAAGGAGACAUUACAAUUUUUCUAUAAUAAUUAUAGUAUUGUAUCCUAACCCAUGUUUGAUUAUGAAUUAUCAAUUUCCAAAAAUAUCCAACAGUCAGAACUUUUAAAGUCAAAGACGCCAUUUUACAAGAAUUAUUCCUUCUAUCCCCUAAUAUUGAAUUCCAUUACUAACCAAAACCCAAUGUCCAAUUCUUGCUAAAAUAUUUUUUAGAUAUUUUAGGAAUUGAUUAUUUGUGAUCGUAACAUGAAAUCUAUAGGUAUUUCUCACGGUGUCACUUCAUCUUCUGGCUAGCCUUUUCCCAACUAUGUUGGGAUCAGCUUCCAGUCUAAACGGAUGCAGCUGAGUACCACUGUGCCUCAAGGAGCGACUGCCUAUCUGACGCCCUCAACCCAGUUACGUGAAAGUUACAGUAGUCUCUUGCAUAGUAAAAAUAAAAAGAUACAUAUGUACCUGCCGCUUCGAUUAUUUAAAAUUGUACAAUUCUGACUGUCUUUACCAUUAUAUAUUUUAAUUGAAUUAAUAACUUCACAAACGCAUUAUAAUAAGCAUUUAUGUAUUUGUGUAUAAAAUGUUCAAACGUCAUCCAUUUUUUGUUUUUCAUUAAAUUUCAGUAGUUUUUAGUGAUUGUAUAGUUAUUUUGGUGCCUUAAAUAUCUUUUAGCUGGCUGCCUCGGAAGGGAAGAUGGACCUACCUUAUUUCUAGUGAAGUAUCUAAUUUCUAACAUGUUUUGGAGAAUUUUGAACCGAAUGUCAAUGUGAUAAGGAUCAAUUUUGCAGUUUUAUUCUCUGUAUAACUUUCAGACUUGUCUUAAAACAGUGUUUUGACAGUUGCCAGAAAAAUAACAGAUUUCUUAUUAAAUUGACGUAGAUUUUAGAAAAUUAACAUCUAAAGCAUUUUAUGACUUCUUUGGCGUUAUGAAAUGACAGAAGUGUACUCGAUAAAUUCAAUCAAUCGAUUUUGUCGUACGCUUUAGUUAAUCACUACUUUCAUCGAACUUUGACAUCCCUAUUUUUUGUAACUAUUCGUACGAUUUAAUCAAUUGAUAUUAAGACUGUUAUACUUUAUUUCCAUCAUUUUUUAAUGUCGAGUAAAUUUUUUUUCGAUAUGAAGUCUGUUUUCUAUGGUUUCGUUAAAAAUGGUAUGUUUUCCCAUCCAGUCCAUCCGUCACACAGCUGAUAAUCUUAUUAAUUAAGUUGUAUAGAAUUGUACAUUGUGUAAUUAUAAACGUUAUUAUAUUAUUUGUAUUCAGUUCAAUCCGUAUUGUGAUCUAAAUGAUUUUCAGCAAAUUAUUCGUAUUACGUAUCUACUUUAUAGUUUUUAAAGUCGGAUACAAAAAUAUUGGUAGUGAUUUCAAUGAAGUAUUGUAUUUAAUUUUAAUUAUUGAUGAAAUAUUAAUCAAUUUGUCCAUUGAAUUUAUUUUACAUGAAAUAUGACAUUUAAAAUAUAUCAAAAGCAAUAAAAAUAUAGCAAUAUUAUAAUUUCUCCUGUAUUUUUGUAUGUGACUAAUUAGCGAUACAAUUUGUAAAUUUUAAUUUGUGAAUAUUAUUAAAUACUUUAAUAUAUAAUUAUCUGUUAGUCACACCGCAGUCGGUAGCUGCCAAUAUUGUAUUCCUUACAUAAUGAGGUAAUAAAUGAAUGAUUGAAAUAUA